GAAAAGAGAAAUUGGGAGAGGAAAAGGAAAAGAAAUUCAAAACCAAUGACUUUUUCAUUGGGAAACACAACGACCGACAAGUCGUGUGGAUCGGAGGAUUAUCCUUUUUUCCUUUUCCUAAUGGGGUAUUGAGAAAUAGGCUGCUUUAAAUACCCACGAAGCUCCAUUCCAUUUGGCAAAGAUCUGCACCACGUUUUCGAUUUCCAAAAGCAUUCUUCCAAGUUUUUUCGAUUUGGGGUUGUCGAUUUCUCUAGUUUAAGGUCUUUUUUUGAAGUGGGGUUUUCGAAUUCUUGUUGACGAACAAAUGGAGGGAGUUGAUCAUCUUGCCCAUGAGAGGAACAUGGCUCAAUUCGACGUUAAUGAUAUGAAGAUCGUUUGGGCGGGAUCUCGUCAAGCGUUUGAGGUAUCUGAUCGAAUGUCUCGACUGGUUGCUAAUGAUCCGGCCUUUCGAAAGGACAAUAGAGUCCAUUUAACAAGGAAGGAGUUGUUUAAGAACACUCUUAGAAAAGCAGCUUAUGCAUGGAAGAGGAUUAUUGAGCUUAAACUUUCUGAGGAGGAAGCUGGUAGAUUAAGGUUCUUUGUAGAUGAGCCAGCAUAUACAGAUCUUCACUGGGGAAUGUUCGUUCCAUUCCUUAAAGGGCAAGGAACUGAGGAGCAACUACAGAAGUGGUUGCCGUUGGCAUAUAAGAUGCAAAUAAUUGGAUGCUAUGCUCAAACUGAACUUGGACAUGGUUCAAAUGUUCAAGGGCUUGAAACAACUGCAACGUUUGAUGCAAAGACAGAUGAAUUUGUUAUACAUAGUCCAACACUUACCUCAAGCAAAUGGUGGCCUGGUGGUUUGGGUAAGGUUUCAACACAUGCAGUUGUAUUUGCUCGUCUUAUCACCAAUGGUCGGGACUAUGGAGUGCAUGGUUUCAUGGUCCAGAUAAGGAGUUUGGAUGAUCACUCAGCUCUACCAGGCAUAACUAUUGGAGAUAUUGGUGUGAAAUUUGGGAAUGGAGCUUACAAUACUAUGGAUAAUGGGGUCAUGCGCUUUGAUCACGUCCGCAUCCCGAGGAAUCAACUGUUGAUGAGGUUUUCUCAAGUUACAAGGGAAGGGAAAUAUGUGCAAUCAGAUGUUCCACGACAAUUAGUUUAUGGCACUAUGGUAUAUGUUAGAAAGACGAUUGUAGUUGAUGCUUCAAAUGCCUUAUCACGUGCAGUUUGUAUUGCUACGAGGUACAGUGCUGUUCGUAGACAAUUCGGAGCACAGGAUGGUGUGGAAACUCAGGUGAUCAAUUAUAAAACGCAACAAAGUAGGCUAUUCCCUUUGCUGGCUUCUGCCUAUGCUUUCAGAUUUGUUGGUGAGUGGUUACAGUGGCUAUACACGGAUGUGACUGAGAGACUGGCUGCCAACGAUUUCUCGACCUUGCCUGAGGCUCAUGCAUGCACUGCCGGCUUGAAGUCAAUCACGACGGCUGCAACUGCUGAUGGGAUCGAGGAGUGCCGGAAGUUAUGUGGUGGCCACGGUUACCUUUGUAGCAGUGGGCUUCCUGAGUUGUUUGCAGUUUAUGUUCCUGCCUGUACAUAUGAAGGAGACAAUGUUGUGCUACUUUUACAGGUUGCACGAUUUCUCGUAAAGACCGUAUCCCAGUUGGUGUCUGGGAAGAAGCCUGUUGGUACGACAGCUUACAUGGGACGAUUACAACAUCUGAUGGAAUCCACUUGCAAAGUUCAGAAAGCUGAGGACUGGUUAAAUCCUAGCAUUGUUCUUGAGGUUUUUGAAGCACGGUCAGCUAGGAUGUCUGUUGAAUGUGCCAAAAAACUUGGCGAGUUUACCAAUCAAGAAGAAGGUUUUCAGGAACUUUCUCCUAGUUUAGUUGAGGCUGCAGUUGCACAUUGCCAACUAAUUAUCGUCUCCAAAUUCAUUGAGAAACUUCAGGGAGACAUACCUGGAAAAGGAGUAAAAGAGCAAUUACAGAAACUUUGCAGUAUUUAUGCUUUGUAUACACUACACAAACACAUGGGUGAUUUUCUUUCCACUUCAACCAUCACCCCCAAACAGGCUUCACUUGCUGAUGAUCAACUUAGAUCUCUAUAUUCUCAGGUUCGGCCCAAUGCAAUUGCUCUUGUCGAUGCGUUCAACUACACCGACCAUUACCUUGGCUCGAUUCUUGGCCGGUAUGAUGGGAAUGUUUACCCAAACCUCUACGACGAGGCAUGGAAGGAUCCGAUGAACGAGUCCGCUGUGCCUGAUGGCUACCAUGAAUAUAUCAAACCUCUGCUUAAGCAGCAACUCAGAAAUUCUAGGUUAUGAAGAAUAGGGAUGGUGUAACAAAAUGUUAUGCUCUGAUAAUUUGUAAUAAGUCCACGGAUUCAGCUUGGGAUUCUAUUCUCCUGUAUGAAUUCGCAUUAUUUUAUAGAUCGAAUUACUGGCUAUGAAUUUUAAGUACCUUAUUAAGAAAGUAGAUAUUUUUUCCC